AUGGCGGACGCAGGCCUCGUCCAGACCAGCCUCAUCUGGGUCACGUACGCCGUCGCCGUCGGCCUGUGCCUCGUGGCCGCCACCAUCACCGCCUUCACGUGGCAGGCGCCCCGCGACCGCUCCGCCAUCGUCAGCGUCGUCGCCAUCCUCGCCCUGACCUCGCUGCUCGCCACCGUGCUGCUGCUGCCCGUCGACAUUGCCCUCGUCUCCGCGACCGGCUCCGCCUCGCUCGGUGCCAAGAAGCCGUGGGCCACGCCCGACCGCGUCGCCGCCAUCCUCGUCCAGCUCAAGGCCGUCUACUACACCCUCUACAGCCUCGACGCCCUCCUCUGCCUCGUCGUCAUCCCGUUUGCCUACUUUUGGUACGAAGAGUAUGACGAGGUCGAGUUCGAGGAGGAGGGCCGCACCUGGACGAGCCGCUUCGUCGCCGCCGCAAAGUACACCCUCUUCUUCAUCGCCCUCGUCGUCGUGCUCUUCCUGCUCGGCUUCUUCGUCCCGGCCGCCGGCGACGCCACGCGUGGCCACUGGGACCUCGACUACUUUAAGCGCCUCGUCGCGCAGAACCACGGCGAAAAGGCCCUCACGUUUGCCCUCGGCCUUCUCGUCACGCUCGGCACCCUGCUCUACGUCCUCUACACGGGCGCCGGCCUCGCGCUGAUGCCCAUCUCCUUUAUCCGCUCGGCGCCCUCCAUCUCAGCCCCGCAGCUGUCCGCCACGACGGCCACGCAGCUCGAGCAGAACCGCGAGCGCCAGCGCCAAUUGGAGAUGCGCAACGCCGGCAACCGCGAGGGCAUGCCGCGCAAGGAUCGGCGCGAGCUCGACGCGCUCGUGAGGGAGGAGCAGACGCUCGUCCGCCGCGAGCGACUCGCCGCCGAGGCGCAGGGCGAGGGCCGGAGCCGCGUCUACCAGGUCUGGCUGAAGCUGUGCGCCCUCUUCCGCCCCGUCAAGAUGCUCGGCGGCAUCCUGCUGCUGGCGCUGUCGGUCCUCAUCUGGAUCUCAAUGUUCAUCACGGGCGUCGACAAGGCCAAGAACUCCAUCUGCAAGCAGCACUGCGGCUACAUCCUCGGCCAGAUCAACGUCUUCCAGCCCAUGAACUGGAUCUUUGUCAAGACGGCGCGCGUCUUCCCCGUCGACUACGUCCUCAUGGCGCUGCUGGUGCUCUUCCUCUUCAGCAGCACCAUUUCCGGCAUCGCCACCGUCGGCAUCCGGUUCCUGUGGAUCCGCAUCUUCCAGAUCCGCAGAGGCCGCACCGCUCCCCAGGCCCUGCUCAUCGCGACCGUCAUGAUGGCCCUCGCCAUCCUCGCCAUCAACUACGCCGUCGCCAUGCUCAUCGCCCCGCAGUACUCCAUCUACGGCACGCAGACGUUUUGCUCGCGCACCCCCGACCGUCCGGGAGCCCAGCCCGACUGCAGGCACCAUCUCGACCUCAUCAUGCCGUGCUCCGAGGCGCUCGAGCACAAGCACGCCCAGGACGUGUGCACGCCCUCUGCCAUGUCCACCUUUCUCAACCGCAUCACCAUCACUUGGCCCUUUUUCGGCAUCGUCGACUUCUGGGCCCAGUUUGCCUUCCUGGGCGUCUUUCUCGUCGUCCUCGCCACGGCUCUCGUGCGUACGCCGCGGGUCAGCAUUGCCGAGUUUGACGAGGACGCCGAGGCCGACGAGGAGGAGAGCCUGCUGGCGUCGACGGGGCGGCGCUUCGGCGCGACGUGGCAGGAUGUUCGGGGGAAGCCGGCAAGAGGCGGCGAGUCAGCGUCCAACGGCGAGCGCGCGUGA